UCUUGACUUUCUUUUCCGUUGUGUCUCUGUGCUUCUGUUCCGUCGCAAAUAUGUGCGGACUGAUCACCAACUCGGCGGCGACUCACUCACGUGUCGUUUUGGCGCUUGUUUUUAUCACUCUUUUCCACUUUCUCAUUUCGGUAUCUACGGCCGCGACUCGGCAGGAACUCGCUCGCGGCUUCAGAGCCUCGCCGGACACGGCGGUCCGGUCGUUUCAGCCUCUCUUAAACGAUCCAACCGGAAACUUCUCUCUGGGUUUCCUCCGAGUUGAGGAAACUCAGCUUGCCGUCGUGAUUCUCCACGUGGCGUCGUCGGAGACAAUCUGGACCGUUAAUCUUACAACCUUUCCGGCCUGGACCGACCGGGCUCUGCUCCGGUUCGAUGGCGGUUUUGUUCUUUCCGAUGCGGAUGGGAGGGUAGUUUGGUCAACUGAUACCGCCGGAGACCGUGCCGUGCUCCUGAACUCGUCGAAUUUACAAAUUCAACUCGCCCGUGAUCCGCCGGUGGUUCUGUGGCAGAGUUUUGACUUUCCGGCAGAUACCCUGGUGGAGAAUCAGAAUUUCAGCUCGGAAAUGGCGUUGAUUUCUUCGAAUAGAGCGUAUUCGGCCCGAUUGGGGGCCGAUUUUAUUGGACUGUAUGCAGAGUUUAAUGAAGGGAGGAGCCAAAUUUAUUAUAGACACAGAGCAUUGCAAGCAAAAGCUCAGGUAAUUCCCGGCGGUGGACCGAUUCAUCUCCAGCUACACUCCGAUGGGUAUCUCGGUAUGUAUCAAAACGGCACCGUUCCGGUCGAUUUGCAAGCCUUCAAUACUUUUCAGAAACCGGCGAAUGGGUUCCUCCGACUCCGGCUGGAUACCGACGGCAAUCUCAGAGGCUUCUACUGGGAAGGUUCCAAAUGGGAUUUGGUAUACGAAGCAAUAUCGGAGCAGUGUGAGCUUCCGAGUCCCUGCGGUUCAUACGGUUUGUGCGAACCCGGCGCCGGCUGCUCAUGUCUGGACAACCGGACGGUUUACUCCUCUGGCCAAUGUAUUCCGGCGGAUUCCGGCGACUUCUGCGGAAAUGGGGUCGCAAAAAAAGACUUCUGGGUUCUGAGAAGGAGCGGAGUGGAAUUACCGUUCAAAGAGUUGAUGAACUACCGAACCGGGUUCACCAAGGACCAAUGCGAGAGCUUUUGUGAAACAAAUUGCUCCUGCUGGGGCUCGCUCUACUACAACGCGACCGGGUUCUGUUAUUUGGUCGACUACCCGGUCCGAACGGUGGUGGCGGUGGCCGAUGGAACAAAAACCGGAUACUUCAAGGUCCGACAAGCUCCAUCGAGAACCAAAUUAAAGAUGGGUCUCGAGAUCGGACUCGGAAUUCUGGCCGGAAUCGUCGGAAUCGCAGUGAUGAUUCUCGGGUUCGCUAGUUACCGACAGUGGAGGCGGCGGAGGGGAAUCGGGCGAUUCUUCGAAGACGACGACGGGUCGGUUUCACCCGGCCCGUAUAAGGAUCUUGGAUCCGCAAGUUUUAAAUCCAUUGAGAUGGGUAGUGGAUUUGUUCGGUGACGUAAUCAGUGACGUCUUUGGGGGCUUUAGAAAUGGGAAACGAUAAUCUCACCGACAGUGAUGUAGACGCCGACCAGUUUGCAUAGUUGUGGUGGGUCCCCAUUUUUAUUAUUAAUUUUUUUUUGUCUUAAUUCCAGCGGAAUAGUUGGCCACCCUGAGAAAGAUAGAUUCUAGAAAGGAGCCACUAUUUGACUUUUUGAAUAACAUUAUUGUAAAUUUAAUUAAUAACAACAUAUCAUAACUCAA